AUGGUUUUGCAAGGCUUUCAUCAUGUCACUUUAUUGUCUAGAGUCUCCGUUCUGGAUAAUGGCAGUCUCCGGAUAUCCAACAUCACCAAACUAGAUGCAGGUCUUUACACCUGUGUGGCGAGAAACCAGUUUGGAGUGGCAAGCAGUGCAGGCACACUGGUGGUGAAAGAGCCAACCAUCAUCACUUCUAAAGCCACCCAGCUGGAUGUUACAGUGGGAGAGAUGCCAGCGUCUCUGGGAGGGCAACAGUUGACAGCCCGUGUGGUUGAGUUGAGUCCAUGGGUUGAAUAUGAGUUCAGAGUGCUAGCCACUAAUUCCAUAGGCACCGGGGAACCCAGCAAACCCUCACAAAAAAUCAAAACCCAGGACACGUUGCCAAGGACGACCCCAGCCAGAGUCAGUGGAGGAGGUGGCAGUCGCUCUGAGCUUGUCAUCACUUGGGAGCCAGUCCCAGAAGAGCUACAGUGCGGUCCAGGGUUCGGCUAUGUGGUUGCUUUUCGCCCUCUUGGUGGUCAAAGCUGGAUGCAGGCGGCCGUGACGUCUCCUGAUGCAUCCCGAUACAUCUUCAAAAACGAGAGCAUCCCUCCAUUCUCUCCAUUUCACGUGAAAGUGGGAGUUUACAACAACAAAGGCGAAGGUCCUUUUGGACCUGUGACCACUAUAUACUCAGCAGAAGAGGAGCCGAGUCGCGCUCCCAGUCGUGUCCGUGCCAAGAGCCUGUCAGCCUCAGAAGUGGAGGUCAGCUGGAAGCCUUUACCAUGGAGCACCAGUAGGACACGCAUAAUGGGCUAUGAGCUGAGGUACUGGAGUACAAAGGACAGACCGGACACAGCCAGUGUGAUGCGGACUGUGGGAAACAGGACGUCUGCUGUCAUUCGUGGACUGGACCCCAGCAGUACAUAUUACAUCAAACUCAAAACCUACAACAGUGCUGGUGUUGGACCUGAUAGUGCUGUGGUGAAUGUCACCACUAAGAGACCCCCACCGAGUCAGUCUCCAUUGAAAGUCAUGUGGAAUGCUACAGACUCUAAACUCAUCCUCAAGUGGGAUCAUGUCAAGGCUCUGGAAAAUGAGUCUGAAGUUAUGGGCUAUAAGGUCAUGUACAAGCAAAGCAGACAGAGUCGGCCCAGUGUGGUGGAGACUAACAGCACAUUUCUUGAGCUCUCUCUGCCUGUGGACGAGGAUUACAUCAUCCAGAUUAAACCAGUCAGUGAAGGUGGAGAGGGGAGCAGCAGCAAACAGAUUACCAUCCCCAGGAUAGCAGUUGCACAUGCGAUUGGAUUUGCCCCAGAGAGGAAAGCACUACCAAUGCUCGUAACACUAUCACUCUACUGUACGGUCAGGACUUUCUUAUGACAGAUGAACUGAACUCUACAGUGGAGAGAACAGUACAAACAUCUACAAGUGGAACCACUUGUCUUUUUCCAGUAUGUUUUACAAAUGAGACUCUUCAGAAGUUUUCCUCUCGCUUUUUAAAGGAGGAUGUUUGCUAAUCUGGUUUUGAUCACUGACACCAAAGCUGUCAAUACGGUGGAGUAGGAUCUAUCGCAUUUUUGGGGGGAUAAACGUGUCGACAGAUCCACUGGUUUCCAACCAGUUUCCAACCAGGAACUGGAUAUUCAAGGGCAUAAAAUUACAUACUGUUCAUUCUUAAGGAUUUGCAUACAAGGACAUCUGUUUGGAUAAGAUGAAUCCAUACUCAUCCAUUAGACGGUUGGCAGUGGAGAACCAUACAAAUGCCUUUUCCACAAGAAGCUUAGGAAUACUUAAUGAACUCCUUUGAAGAUAAUCCCUACUGCCAUACCUCACAGACACUUUCGUUGUAAGACCAUCAACCCAUUUAAUCAGCUGUCCUCAAAUCAGACAGAGUUUACAGUCCCCCGGUGUUGACAUGCCCCCCUGUCUGUUUGAAAGACGAAGCUAAUGCUGCUGGCCUUACUUAUACAGUAAAAGAGCUCUCUGGCAGUCUCGAGCUGGUUGUUCCUUCAGUCAUGCACUGAGAUAUUUGUUUUGCUAGUGCGUGUGCCUCUUUAAUGAGAAACAGUAUGUAAAAUAUCCUCAGGACCAGAACAGCCUUAAAUAGUUGUCUUGAUUUAUUUUCUGGUUUAGUUUGUUCAUUUACAAUUCCAUUAUUUGAUGAUGUACAACGGAUAUUUUGAUUGUAAAAGACCAGCUUUUCAUUUUCCGUUAAGGUGCUUUCUAUAGGGUAUAGCUGUGAUCAUUGAAAUACCUAGAACAUAAUGCUUAUGUUCCAUUUUCAAGCUGUUUAGCAUGAACUGGCUCUGUAGUGGUUUGAAAUACUGUAUUUGAAUGGACUGUCUGCUUUUAAUAAACGA